AUGGACCUCAUUGGAAAGGUUGUUUUGGAAGCAGCUGUGGAAGCCGUUGUUAAGAAAGGUGUCUCUGCCGCAGUUCGAGGAGCGACAAAAUCUCGAGCAAAUAUUCCAACUGCGGAUAUUCAAAGAGCCAUCGGGGUCAUCGACAAUAAUCUUGACGAUAUUAAAUCAAGACUGGAUGGAAUUGCAAUGAAAGACCUUCUAGCAAGUGCAAGCUUCUUCAAUGAAGGCUUGCUGCAUUUGGACAGAGUAUUUGAUAAGUUUCAUUUGUCUGAUUUUCAGACAAUUACAGCAAAAACGGAAGUGAAAACGGAAGGUGGAAAACUAAAGGUUGACUUUCCAUCAACAACAGCGUGGAAAGCAGUGUUGUUUCUUGCUAAAGGACUUCACGAGUUGGAUGAAUCGACUAAAAGAGCAUUAUGUGAUGCCAAAGAGAGAUUCAAAGAUGCCCGCAGGAAAGCUACCAAAGCAUUCUGCAACGAGGCUCUGGAAACAAGUCAACGCAUGUUAGCCAUGAAAUAUCGUGUUAUUGCGACCAUACUAGAGAAAAUUGAAUAUCCUGGAGAAGCGAUACCCCUGUGCAAAUUAUGCCUCGAAGAGCUUCACUCUGAUCCAGUCGUCCAGCAAAGUUUCAUGAUCACGAAACAGAACCAAACAAUUCAAAAGGAAGUCCGUGAGUUAAAUAGCCUCGUCUGUGACGUCACACAAAUGGUUAGUGGAGGCGGAGCACUUCUUGCAUGGCCUUGUAUUAUGACAGGAGGCGGAAAAAUCGAUCCUGUACACGAGCGAACGCUCAGAGAACAUUGUUGUCACACAUGGUCGUUUGGGCAGAGUGCGAAUGAUGACCAUAGGCUAAAGUUUGCGUGGAGCAUUUCUUCUAAUUCCCGCGGAGAAUUUAUUGUUGGGGAUAGCGUAGAUCGCAACAUUAAAGUGUUCGAUGACCACGGAAUGUUUCUGUAUUGCCUCCAUCCUUUCGCUUUUGAAGAGCAAUCUGAGUAUGAAAGAGAAAUAUGGAACAUUGCUUGUGACCAGCAAGACAAUAUCUACGUGCUGACAUUGAAUAGAAAUCAGGAUGGUCGUGCUGAUGUGAGCGUAGUGUAUGUGUUCAACGAGCAGGCUCAUUUGAUUCAAAAGUUCACUCUGAGGGAGGGUUUUAGAGGAUACGCGCUGACAGUGGACGACUUCAAUCGAAUUUUUGUAAGUGGUGGAAGCUUUUCAGUUUGCUUCAAUGAUACGGUGGAAGUGUACGAGGGCGAUGGAAUGUUCAUUCAAAGCUUCGGAAAGGAGACGUUGAAUAACGCACAAGAUAUUACGGCAACUUACGAUGGUCAUUCGUUAGUUCUGGACACUGAUAAAGACUCCACAUGUCUUCGCGUGUUCAGUGCACAGGGUCACCAACUUACUAGGUUUUCAGUUGCAGGAUCGAUGCCUGACACUGGUGCGGCUGUGGAUUUUCACCGCCCGAGUGAAACAGUUCUUGUUGCUACAAUGCAGUCCGAAAACCAUCUGGAAGUGUCUAUGUACUCCAAAGACUUUAAGUUUUUGCGUGUCAUUCAAUUUAGACCCCAGGGAGAUAGCAGCUUUAUAACAGGGGUUACUGCGACAGUGAAGGGAAGCAUUGCUGUACCCUGCAAAAGCACAGUACUCUAUGCUUGA